CGCCGCGCACGGCCGGCGCCGGCGUCGGUGCCCCCUUAUAAAAUCCGCCGGUGCGCGCGCUAGCUAGCUUGUGACUACGCGACGUCGCCACCCACCAUACUAGUCCAUCUCGAUCCGUCCGUUCGUGCGUGCGUGCGUCCAUGGCGGCCUACAAGAAGGGCAUCAUGAUCAACAAGGCGUCGGUGGUUGCCGCUUUUUCAGCGGCGUGGCUCCUCCUCCUUGUCCUCGUCGUCCUCCUGGCCGACGAGGCCGCGGCGGCGCCGGCUGGCCGUGAGGCCGCGGCGGCGUGGAUGAGGAGGCUGGACGACACGGUGGAGCCGGAGCCGCUGCCGGCGGAGCUGGACAGGGUGCAGAGGCGCGUCUUGCAGGCGACCAGCCACUACGUAGCUCCGAGCGCGCUGAAUCCGGAUCGCCAGGGUUGCAUCCAGUCCUGCCUUCCGGGCAGUCAGUACAGUGUUCCACCGCCCGGAUCGCACUGUAAUCGUAAAUACUACAACCAGGGCUGUUGACUACUGCAACUACUGGUGAUUCUGAUCACUGCAAAUUGAAUUCUAUCCUUGUGCAUGGAUCCCGUACUGCUUAUACUUAAUAAAACCUCAAAGCGACGAUGUGUAUA